AUGUUACGUGGCAGUUAUACAAAAGCCGCAAGCGCCAGAUUUGAGAUAAUUUUAGGUUAAGCUAGAUUUUCUACAAAACCUUAAAUAAAAUCUCAAUAAACAGUAUAUCAGUGUCUCAUGAGAUAUAUUUAGUGUAUUGAUAUGACCAGUACAGUGAAUGAUGGUGCUGAACAUACAGCUAGAAAUGAUUUGAAAGCUCAUACCGGUGAUGGUGAUAACUCGGAAAACAAUGGAACAGCGCCACCGGCUUCUCUUACUCAAGGCGAGGAGCAUGCUUCAGUCGUGGCGGCACAUUACAAUCACCUCGAAGAGAAGGGACUGAAGGAAAGGUUUAACUCUCCUAUAUUUUACUUGAGAAAUUUUAACAAUUGGGUGAAAAGUGUUCUUAUACAAGAAUAUACUGAUAAAAUACGGGAAAAAGAUUAUGGAAGACCAUUAAGAGUUCUCGACAUUUGCUGUGGAAAAGGCGGUGAUUUAAGUAAAUGGCAGAAAGCUAGAGUAGAACGUGCAGUGUUUGCAGACAUUGCUGAGGUUUCAGUGCAACAGUGCCAGACGCGCUACGAAGACCUGCGGCGCCGCUGUGGGCGGCUCUUCGCCGCGGAGUUCAUUGCUGCAGACUGCACCAAGGAUACUUUGAGGGACAAGUACCGUGACCCAUCAAUCAGUUUUGAUGUUGUCAGCUGUCAAUUUGGACUGCAUUAUAGUUUUGAGAGUUUAGCUCAAGCUCGUAGAAUGUUGACCAACAUAUCUGAGUGCUUGAAACCUGAUGGGUAUUUUUUUGGAACUAUUCCUAAUGCUUAUGAAAUAGUGUCACGAGCACAGAAAUCACCUGAUGGAGCUUUUGGAAACAAAAUCUACAACAUUAAACUGCUUUUUGACCCGAAGGAAGGUUAUCCAUUAUUUGGAGCCAAAUAUGACUUCCAUUUGGAAGGAGUAGUAGACUGUCCCGAGUUUCUGGUCAAUUUUCAAUUGUUUGUUAAACUUGCCGCAGAGUAUGGCUUAGAACUUGUUUACAGUGCUGGGCUUGCAGGCUUUUAUAAAGACCAUUGUGAAAAAUACAAAACACUGUUGAACAGAAUCAUGUGUUUUGAAAGUUAUCCUGCACCACCCGGCAAGGAGCUUAUAGGGGAAGAGACUGAUUAUAAACAUGCUAAAGAACAUUGGGAACAAAUAGAGAAGAAGUCUGAGAGAGAUAGGAUUGGGACUAUGAGCCAGAGGGAGUGGGAAGCUGCAACUAUCUACAUGGCGUUUGCAUUCAAAAAACUGAAGAGUACUUGGGACGCCAAUGGAAAACCAGUGUAUAGCAAAAGUUCAGCAGAUCAAUCAAAAAGUAAAUGACAAAAAGUGAUGCAUUGACUUUGGCAUUGAUUUGUAAU